AUGAACCAAGUUCCGUCACCCACCAGUACUUCUCCUACGGGAGGCGCCUCCAAGAAGGAAGAUCACAUCAAGCGUCCUAUGAACGCCUUCAUGGUGUGGUCGCGCAUGCAGCGUCGCAAGAUCGCCCAGGAAAACCCCAAGAUGCACAACUCGGAAAUCUCCAAACGGCUUGGCUCCGAGUGGAAACUUUUGACGGAGGCCGAGAAGCGUCCUUUCAUCGACGAAGCCAAGCGCCUCCGAGCCCAGCACAUGAAGGAGCACCCGGAUUACAAGUACCGUCCUCGGAGGAAACCCAAGACACUCCAGAAGAACGGCUACAGCUUCCCGCUGCCGUACCUGGCCACGUCCGCGCUCGAUCCUCUGGGCCCGCUGCACCAGACGUACUACUCCACGCCCGCCGUGCCCUCCCCGCUCGACGUGGCCGGAGACAAGUCGCGGCUCUUCCCCGGCGCGACGCUGCCGCACCACUUCUACCCCGGCUUCGACCCUCAGCACUUCAGCAAACUCGCCGCCGCGCAGGACCACUACAAGCCCAUGACCUCUCUCGCCGCCAGCGACGCCGCCGCCGCCGCCACCGUCUCAGCGGCCUCCAUGGGCGGGAUGUCAACAGUGUCGGCGCUAUAUUCCUCCCUAUACUCCAAGUCUGCGUCGUCUCUAUUGUCAGGCAUGUCUGCGGGGCUCAACAGCGGCCAGCAGGGCGUGCCGCAGCCGCAGCUCUACCCCGGUUACCCUCCCGCUGUUGACCAGCUGCGCCGACCCGUCUCCGUCAUCUUCUAAGUCUCCUCGUCAACCCAUCCUAUCCCUCCCCCUCGCGCGGCCGUGCACACGCUCCCGAAGUGUACGUCAAGCGCAGAGUGUACAUAGUGUACAGCAGUGAAGAGUGGACAUGAGACGCGCCCUGUGUGAGCGGACAGAUGCUGACCGGCACGCCAGAACGCCUGGCGUGGUUAGUGUCAUGUCAUGGCAGGUGUUAAGGUGGCGCCAGGUGUGGAGCCGAUGCCCGGGAGUGGCGCCGGCCUGGUGCCAUUGUGUUGUGUGUCAGUAGGUGGUG